AAACCACUUCUCAUUCUUCUUCUGCAAACCCGGUGUUGAAGCAUGGAUCCAUUGAAACUAGAAGAAAAACAAGAAAUGGAAGAAUUUAAUUUAAAAUCGAAUCAAAUAAAAAUGAAUGAAUGGAAACAUCCAUCAGAAAAAGCCGACGGUCGAUGGUUGCAAUUGGAUGCAAGAAUUAAUCGUACUGUAGAAGACCUUGAAAUUUCAAAUCAUAAUUUACGAAUCAUUAAUGAGGGUUUGGAAAGAAAAGUGGAAGAAAUUACUGUUCAAUCUUCAAUGGAGAAGGAAAAGCAGGCUCCCAAUAGGUUAUUACAAACAAACGCAAAUGAAGAGAAAGUUCUUCUUCAUUCAGUCAAUAAUGUACUAGACAAUUUCAUUUCCAUCGUUGAUGGAAUGGUUCAACAGGCGCAAGACAUUUUAGAUGAGUAGCACAUUGGGUUAGCAAAACCGCUAACCAGCAUCCGUUCAACGAAAUUUUGCAUCAAAUCCGUCUGUUUUAUGUGAAUGCAUUGGGCUAUUUUACUGAUUAAUGCGACGAAACGAGUCUAUUGUUUUUCACAGACCAGUCAUUCAGAUUACCUUCCUUUCAAAGAAAAACUAAAAUCUGACAUCUAAAAGGGUCAACUUUUAGUGUUUUGGAUUUCAUUUUUAAACUAAGCCAUCUACGUUGAAUAUUUGUAUUUUCGAUGAUCUGAAAAUUUCACACUGAUUUGAUAAUCCUUUUUCUUUUUCUUCUCUUUUUUUUUCACUAUAAUUUUUAGAAACCGUUUUUUUUUUUGUUCUCUUAGGUCCAAGAAACUAAAGAGCGGAAUUUCAGCUUGCUCUAGGUAGUCCUAACUCUUCCUCGAGUUGUUGCCAUUUUCCAUCGCUAGCCAUCAUCCAAGGUAGGGUGCACUUUUCUCAAAAUCACCCCAAAAAGAAGGGUUUUUAGUGUUAAUGAAAAAGAGUUGAAGCUC